AUUCGCAAUUAAUUUCCUGAAUCGAGAUGUGAGAGUUAUGUAUUAUACCACUCCUCUUAGACCUCUCCCGUUUGCACCAAAGUCCCAUAAAAUCCCCCUCUCUCAAAUCUCCGUUCCCACUUCCACAUUACCCAAAAACCCAGCCGUCGAAAUGGAACUGCCGGCAAAUCCAAUCCCAGCCGUCGUGCUCCUCCUCUCUUUACUUGCGGCGGCAGCCCCUCCAGUCUCCGCCAUUCUUAAAACCUGCACUAUUACGUACGAUGACUUCAUCAACUCCAACGCAAACACCGAGAAAUUGUACUCAGCCAGCAAGGAUUCGACGCUAGCCAGCGGCGCCCUCCAUGUCACGCUGGAGUCCGAUUACAGCCCACCCACCAACCAAUCCGGUCGAAUUUUAUACGACAAGUCUUUCAAGCUAUGGGAAGGCCGAAACGACACUUACUCCGACCGAGUGGCUUCGUUUAACACCUCGUUCCUCGUGAUCCUCAGCCAAAAGAUCGGUUUCCCUGCCCCUGGUGAAGGCCUGACGUUCGUGGUGGCGCCGGACCUCAAUCUCCCGCCUAAUAGCUUCGGCAGGUACUUGGGUCUGACCAAUUUCACCACCGACGGCAACGUUUCGAACCAGAUUAUCGCAAUUGAGCUCGACACGUUUAAAGAAGAUUUCGACCCAGACUCGAACCACGUCGGACUUAAUAUAAACUCCGUCAUAUCUAAAGCCACCACCUCGUUGACCCCGCUCGAGUUUGAACUGGUUCCGCCCUAUGGAACGCACAAUUUCUUCAAUGUAUGGGUCCAGUACGACGGUAUCAAAAAGUUCAUCGCGGUUUACAUGGCUAAGCAAGCAAACCCAACGGAUCCAACACCUCCCAGACCCGAUACCGCGAUACUUACUUCAGGUCUGGACCUCAGAGGGGUCGUGAAUCAGAACUCGUAUUUCGGGUUUUCGGCAUCAACGGGCAACAACUCAGCAGAAAUCAACAGAGUUUUACGGUGGAACUUGACAGUGGAAUACUACUACGACGUAAAUUUUGUGGAGAUUGGCCUUAUCGUCGGGAUACCAACAGUGGUACUUUUACUGGCGUCCCUGGUUUUGGUAUACUACUUCCGAAAGAGGUGGUUAUCACGACGGUUGGAUAGGCGAAUGUCGAGAAAGGUGAAGGGAAUGCCGGGGAUGCCGAGGGAGUAUCAGUACAAAGAUUUGCAGAAGGCUACAAACAAUUUUGAUAAGACGAGGAAAUUGGGACAAGGUGGGUAUGGAGUUGUUUACAAAGGGUAUUUGGCGAAUCAAAAGGAUUUGGAGGUUGCGGUGAAGUUGUUCUCUAGAGAGAGUUUGAAGGGUCAGGAUGAUUUCUUUCAAGAGCUUACAAUCAUCAAUCAACUUAGGCACAAAAACCUUAUCCCACUACUGGGAUGGUGUCACAAUCACGGGAAGCUGCUGCUGGUUUACGACUACAUGCCAAACGGCAGCCUCGACAAACACCUCUUCGGAAUCGGCAAUGCCAACAGCACACCAUUGAGCUGGAAUCUCCGCCGCAAGAUCAUCACCGGGGUAGCCUCCGCUCUCUUCUACCUCAACAACCACUACAAUAAGAGGGUGAUCCACCGCGACGUCAAGGCCAGUAACAUCAUGCUUGACGCCGAGUUCAACCCCAAGCUAGGAGACUUUGGCCUUGCACGAACCCUAGACUAUGAGAAAACCUCGUACACAGAACCCCAAGGUGUUCCGGGAACACCAGGGUACAUGGCACCAGAAUACAUGUUCACGGGCAAGGCCACUGAGCAGUCUGAUGUAUAUGCUUUUGGAGCAGUUCUAUUGGAAGUGGUUUGUGGUCGUAUGCCCAAGACCCAAAUUGGCACAUACUCGUUGUUAGUAGAUUGGGUCUGGGCCUUGCAUAGCAAGGGCCAGUUACUUAAGGCGGUAGACAGUAGGCUCGGGGAGGACUAUGUUGCGGAGGAGGCCCAAAGAUUUUUGCUUCUGGGUCUGGCCUGUUCUCAUCCGAUAGCAAGUGCAAGGCCCAAAGCUCAGGAAAUUGUUCAGAUGCUGUCGGGCUCGAUGCCUGCGCCCCACGUGCCGUUAUUCAAGCCGCCUUACGUGUUGGUGCCCGUGCUGAUGUUAGAGGAAGACAUCAUUCCGGCCACAACCACCGACACGAUGUUCUUUACGGCCGCAGAUUGUAGAUCAGGUUCGGCACCAGUGGCCAUUAACCUAGAAAUACAACGCCCAUAUAGUUGUUGAAAGAUAAACUUGAGCAGCCCAUAACAAACACAUGGGUGAACUGUUUAAUAUCAGGUUUGAAGAUUUCUGAAGACUUUAAAGGUUCCGUGAUAUAUUUUGAGAUUUGCAAUAAAUGAGAGAUUAUCUCAUUCUUGUUUUUUCUUAUUGUUCUAGCUAUAUAUAUACUUGUAAUCUGAUUGUAAAAGUAUUAGUGGAGUAGAAGAGAAUUAGAGAGAUAGAGAGAAACAAAAAUUUCCUCCUUGUAUUUCAAAUUGAGUGAGUUCAAUAUCUUGUGAGAGUGUU